AUGUUCUCUGCUGCCGGCCUGUUCAAAAACAUUCGGUGUCCUGAAGGCGCACUAUGUCGAGUUCCGAACUGUAUCUUCUCCCAUCAGUUUUCUGGCAACGAUGGACCCACACAGCAAGCCUUGUCUGUUCGCAGCGGUGCUGCAGUAUCAAGCAGCAGCAGCACACCCGCCGGCCAUGAUGCGAAGAGACGGAAGCUAGAUGGAACAGACCAGCAAAUCCCAACUGCCAACAGUCGUUUGAAAGACGAUGUUUCUAAAAAGCCGUUCGUUGGCAUAAUAGCAACGAAAGAGCCAACGCGGCCACUUGCGACUGCAGAUACUGCCAAAGGGGCCACAAGUACUGUCAAAACUCCCUCCCAGAUCCUGAAGACUGCUACAAGAACGGUAUCUCCCCCGCCGAGAAGCGAGAAGGUGAAGGUGGCGCCAGCUACUCAGAAGCAAGCAGUCCAGAAUAACCAUGUCGAAACGCUAAACCCGCGCCUGGUGAAGAUCGAUCCGGCGGGACAUGGACUCCGAAGAUUGUAUCUCAGCAAAAUGCACGAAGGCAUGGUCCGGCUGAACGAUGUAGUAUCAAAGAGUACAGAUCCGGACGUCAAAGUAUUGCAUCUUUCAAGUGGCGAACUCAUCAAGCUUGCGUUGGAUGAAGAGGAAGAUAUUGCCAACGGCAAAACAUCUGUCUACGGCAAUAUCAUCAAACUUCGCGUAGUGGCUUAUAAGAAUAUGAAACUUGAAGAGUGGGUAAGGCUACAAAGAGAAGACCUCGCACGCAAGGAAGGCAAGGCCAAAGAGGCCGAGCCACCUCCGCCACUCGACACGGGGCUUUUACCCACUGAAGAACUUCUCAUACUCCCCCGACUGGUUGGAAAUCAAGAGGGGCUCGAUAAACACGGCUACGUGCCAUCGCCACCGACACAGGCCGACAUAGCCGCCGCCAAGGAGGGUGUCGAAGCAGCCCACGGCUACGAGACAUGCGACCGCUGCAGUACUCGCUUCCAAGUCUUCCCGGACAGACGAGAAGACGGCGCUCUCACCUCCGGCGGCACAUGCACCUACCAUUGGGGCCGCGUAUAUCGACCGCCGCGUGAAAAAGCUGAUGCCAUCAGAGGCGUUAGGGAGCCAAAAUACACCUGCUGCCAGGAACAGAUCGGGACUCCAGGCUGUACAGUGGGCGAGACCCAUGUUUUCAAGAUCUCGGAGGCAAAGCGGCUGGCCGCAGUGUUACCAUUCGAAUGGACGCCGGAAAACCCAAGGGCUAGGACGGACAGAGCCGUCGCCUUCGACUGUGAGAUGGGCUAUACAGUCUACGGUCUCGAGCUGAUCCGCCUCACCGCAACGUCCUGGCCGGACCGGGCCCCCCUUAUAGACGUUCUGGUCCGGCCGCUUGGUGCUAUUUUAGACCUCAAUACCCGCUUCUCCGGCGUCCAGCCGGAAGCCUUUUUCAACGCUCCUCCAUUUAAUCCUGGUGCCGGGGCUUUACCGAGCCGACCACCUUCUACCGCGGAAACAGGAACCGCAGCCUCUCAGCCGACGCUCGCAAUAGUUGCCUCACCCGACGUAGCCCGGACGCUGCUCUGCUCCUACAUAUCACCUUCCACCCCGCUCCUCGGCCACGCGCUGGAGAACGACCUCAACGUCAUCCGCCUCUGCCAUCCCACAAUCAUCGACACUGUGCUUCUUUUCCCACACCCACGCGGCCUUCCCGUCCGCUACGGUCUCCGUGCUCUCGUCAAACAACAUCUGAACAAGGACAUCCAGACUGCAGGGGCUGCCGGCCAUGACUCCUUGGAGGAUGCACGAGAGGCGGGGGAGUUGGUGCGAUGGAGGGUGGCAAGGGAGUGGAAGAGGUUGAAGUCGGAGGGCUGGAGUGUGAAGGGGGGACAGUUCUUUGCGCCGCUUGUGCCGGGUAUGGGAGUGAAGCCAGCGACGCUGGAGGAACUGAGGGGGUAUGUCUUUGCCCCGCUGGAAAAGAGGGCUAAGCGGAGACGGGGGCAGGUUGAUGGGGCGGACGAGGAGAGGGAGUUGAGCGAGGGUCGUUAG